AUUAUAAAAAUGUUAUUUUUAAUAUUGUUCAUGAUAAGUAUUGUGUUUUACUUAAUAAAUAAACAACGUUCAAGGAAAAAGGAGCCCCCUGUACUUCAAGGUGCCUUGCCUUUAAUAGGCCAUGCGCAUUUAUUAAUUGGUGAUAGUAACCAUUAUUGGAAGAUGGUUAUGAAAUGGUCCAAAGAGUGCUUGACAAAGGGCAGUUGUUCUAUAUUUUAUAUAUGCAGUCGUAAAUAUUAUGUUCUUACAGAUCCAGACGACUGUCUCACAGUGGCUAAUGCUUGUUUGGAAAAAGACAUUCUGUAUGGAAGUGCCAGAGCUUGUUUUGGGAAUGGGUUAGUCACCGCAACUGCCAACGUUUGGAAAGAUCAAAGAAAGUUACUCAAUCCAAAAUUUAAUCUCAACUAUCUGCACAGCUUUUUGGACGUAUUCAAUAAACAAGCGAAGAUUUUAGUAAAAGAAUUCGAAUGUCAUAUAGACAAAGGAGAAUUCGAUCAUGGAUCUUUAAUACGACAAAACGAAAUGAAAACUAUUUGUCUCACAUCACUCGGAUUGGACUUUAGUCAAGACAAAGAUACGUUACUAGAAUAUGCUAACGCUUUCGAUAAUAUAUUAAAUUGUUUUACGGAACAUUUACAAAAGUUUUGGCUUCAAAUAAAGUUUUUAUGGCAUCGAAGUACUUUGAAAAUGAAACGAGACAAGCAUCGUGCUGUUAUGUACAGAAUUACUGAUACUAUUAUAAAGAAAAGAAAAGCAGACCAUCUUAAUAAGUUGAUUACUGGAGAUGUAGAUGAAGGUGAAAAUUUUAAACCAUUUCUAGACGUUUUAUUCGAGCUUAAGAAGACAGUUGGUGAUGACGUAAUGACUGACAAGUUAAUUAGGGAUCAAGUUACUACGCUUAUAAUGGCUGGUCAUGACACUGUCUCACAUGUUUUACAGUUAACUUUAAUUCUAAUUGGCUCUUAUUCCGGAGUUCAAGAUAAAAUUUAUGCCGAGCUUCAACAAGUGUUUGAAAAUUCUGAUAGAGAUGUUGAUAAGGAUGAUUUAACAAAAUUAAUUUAUUUAGAGGCGGUAUUAAAAGAGUCGAUGCGGCUUUAUAGUAUCGUACCUAUUGUGAGCCGCCAUUUACAUCAAGAUGUAAGACUUAAACACUAUACACUCCGGAGAGGUCACUCUUGUGUCCUAAACUUAGUGAGUGUCCACCGUCACCCGAUGUGGGGUCCUGAUGCCGAAGAAUUUAAGCCUGAGCGGUGGCUCAAUCCUAACACGUUGCCUAGCAACCCAAACGCAUUCAUAGCCUUCAGUCUUGGAAAAAGAAAUUGCAUUGGACGGACUUACUCUAUGAUAUCAAUGAAGACCACGCUUGCGCAUAUUCUUCGCAAAUAUAGCAUUAAUGCAGACCAUAAGAAAAUGCAAUUAAAAUUGGAAUGUCUUAUGAAACCUUUCGCUGGACAUCAUAUAAUAAUAGAGCGACGUAAAAAAUAAAUCUUAUUUCUUACUGUAAUAAUAUAGUUAUUUGAUUUUUUUAUAAUUUUAUGCAAAUAAUAAAUAGUCAGAUAAAUCUGUGGCAGAAAAUUAUUACUAAAAAACUUCUAGCUAUGGACAGGACUCUCUCUUAUCCAGUAUCGAAAGUUAAGAAUAUGAAAAUAUCUUUUUGUAAAACAAAAUCAACAGGGGGCUUGAAAACAUGAUUCAACAUACAUCACUGAGAGGCUCGGAGCUUACCCUAAAUUAGGGGUGACUAGGUCAUAGUCAACCAUGCUGGCCCAGCGCGAGUUGACUUUACAUAUAUUUUUGUAUUUCUUCUCGGAUAUGUGCAGCAUCCCGACGUUUUCCUUCACCGUAAGAACUAGAUAUAAGUACAUAUGUAAAUCGAAAAUUGAAAGACACAUUGUUACAUGGCGGGAUUCGAACCCCGGACCUGCAGAUUGCAAGUCAACAACACCGACGCUCUCGGAAAACAUGAUUGUCGCAUUUAAUCAUAUUUUCCAAUAAUAUACCACAGAUGAUAAGGGUUUUUUUUAAUUUUUCAUAAAUGAAACCUUUUAUAAAAACAUUGAUAAAAAUCAAAAUUGAAAUUUUUGGGUGUCUGACUGGCCGCCGUCGCCGUGGGUUUAAGAAAAAGGAAGGAGGAUAAAGAACGUAAUACAAGUAAAACAUUAAUAAAAACAAAAAAAAGGGGGAAUUUCCUUAAAAAAACACAAAGAUAACAUGUUUUUAUUCAAUUAAAGUCAACGUUAAAAAUAUUAGCAUUUUGCAAGUGAGGUUAUAAAAAUUAAAACGAUAAAAACUUGAAUCAUGAAAACACAUUU